AUGGGCAAGUGCAAGCCUAUCGCUUCGGUGCUCUGGAGCCUCGUCCUAGCGGCAGACGUCGUACGUCGCGCUCUGCAAGCCCACCCGUUAGCGGCAGACGUCGUACGUCGCGCUCUGCAAGCCCACCUCCCAUAUCGAACUCGUCCCGGCAGUGAGCGCCGCCGCUCUCGCUCUGCAAGCCCAGCUCGCCGUUACGAAAAGGCUGAGGAGAUAGCGCGAUUGCGCAGUCCUCACCGCUCCCGCUCGACCAUUCCCAAUCGCCAUCAUGAACACGCGGACAUGACGGUGCGCUCAAGCCGAGCUGGCACUCGCAGGAGCAGCACACAACGCGGCGCCGGGUCUACAAGUCCAGCUCGCCGUCGCGACCCUGGCGAAGAGACAGCCCGGUCUCAUAACCCUAGGAGCCGCUCGUCAGCAAAUAGCCGUCCUGCCGCCAGAUCCCAGAUGUCCAAAGCGGCACGUUUGGAUGCGCUAGUGAAGGAAAACCAGUGGGACUUUUGGCCCGAGGGCAAUUGGGCUGCCGAUUAUCCCUUGGAGAUGGCGACAGAAUUCUUCUUCGCCACGAACUGGGCCUUUGAGGGGAUAGGCGGCGCAAGGUCCAAUGGCGAUUCGAAUGCCGAGUUUUACGCUGAUGGGCGAGUCACACGUCGGAAAUGCUUGGGGUACAUGGCCUGCGAAAAUCCCAACUGCCACAUUAUCAUCCGACCGAUGUCCAAAAACCAGCUCCGCAAUAUCACAGUAUUGGAUUUAUCGACAUGGCGCGCGCGGUACGAGAACACGGAGCACGGCCACAUCAGACCCUUCAACGAGAGUCAUUUGACGCCGGCGCAAAGUGUCGCUUUGGCGACAACAGUCCGUGAGAAUCCAAAAGUCGGCCCCUCACAACUCCUUGCUGGCCGUGCAGCUGUCGGUGGCCCUGGUGUAUCUAUUGCAGAGCUGAAUCCUCUUCUCCUCAAUCCGCGUCGUGUCGCAUACGAGCGAGAUAAGGUACUCGGGAAGAUCGGCAAAAAGGCACAAGGCGCAAACUUCAGACAAGAUAUUGACAAAUUCAUCUCCGAACUUAGUCCUGACUGGACGUGCGUUGUUCAUGAUGAGGACAACAUCCAGCUCGUCGUUCUUCAAUCACAGUUCAUGCGCCAACUGUCCAUCAAGGAUCGUAUCGAGGAAGAGGCUGUCAAUGGCAUUGUAUCCGAUGCGGCUCACAACUAUUUUCGAAGGAAGAACCAUUAUCUCUUCGUCAGCUCCGUUUUCGAACCCGAGCAUCUCAAAUGCUGGGUUCCUAUUGUCAUGUCAUAUUCGAACGGUGUCUCUGCGGCGCAUUACAAGCCUCACUUCCUACAAGUUUAUGAGGGGCUUCGAGUUGAGUACAAACAGCUUCCGACUCCAAGACCUUCAUUUGAUAAGCUUUCGGCUAACGUCGUUGACUUCAGCGAUGCGCAGCGACUUGGUCUGGAGAAUGCUUUUGUUCAGUCCAACCUCGAUCUUCCCGACAAUCUCCGUUCGGAAGAUGAACUCAGGCGUGUUGCGAAGGGCCUUGUUAAGGGCUGUGAGCGGCAUUUUCGUGAGCAGGUCGAGCGUGUAAGCAAGAUCAGCCAUGUUAUUUCGACAACACAGCGCCAAACCUUUCGCAACCGCGUCAUUUCCUUGCUCAACUGUCAGUCCACUUCCGAGUUCGAGUCCAACGCUGCUGGAAUUGUCAAGGACUUCCCGCUGGUGGAGCCAUGGAUGUCGUGGUGGCUUCGUCCUCAACACAGAGCAAUGUUAUUUCGCUCAGAGCUGGUGAUGGACGCUGAGCUCUUCUACUCGUUGCCGGCGACAACCAACGCUGAGGAAGCAAUGCAUCAUCGGCUCUAUCAGAUGGUGAAUCGUGACAAUUCAUUGUUUGAAGGACUCCGCGGCUUGGUUGCUGUCGGAAAGCUACUCAAUGAUCAAUUUGUCUACGCCAAAGGUGAGGCGGGAAAAUCUUUUACGGAUCCGACCCUCGCCGUUGGAAAGCGACAAGUGAGAUCCAUGGCCGCACACAUUAUUCACGGGGCCAUACAUCCACCGCAGCAGAACGCGCUGACUCGCGGCCACCUGAUCGCGCCGCUGAUCUUGUGCCAAAUGCACGCAAAAAGCCGCAAAGUUACGAAGAAGCCCCCUUCUGCUCCUGUCUACCAACAGUCGUAUCCUUGGUACAACAACUCUUGCUGGCUAGACUCCUCACUUACCGCCCUGUACGCCGUUGGCAGCCGUGAUCCGGCAUCAUUUGAACGGAUAUUGGGCGCGCUUUGCGCCAAUCAGCCGCUUAAUUGGGUCUAUCGUAUUAUUUGCCGCCAUACAGACGAGUUGUUGGGCGCCACAGCUGAUGCAUCACUCUUGGGGCGCUUGCGUAAUGAAGUGCGGCAGUUGAUGGUCAAAUCGCCGAUUGUUCGCGGACUGAAAUCUGAAGAUCAGACCUACGCAGUUUUUGGAUGGCUUUCGGAAGCAAGCGCCUACAAGGAGGUGCUCAAAGUGCAGCAAGCAGAUCCCGCUGUGCUUCGACGUGCAGUACGCAUGUUCCGACCACAGGCAAUCUAUGUUCGCCGGUGUUAUGGGGACCCAGAUGUCUCUGACCAUGCGGAACCACACUGGCAGCUCGAUCAACUUCAAUGGAUAGACACAAUUCAGCUCCCUAUCAACAACUUCACGGACUUCAAAGGAAAAGUCAACAAUUGGUUCUUACAACAGUUUCUCAACGCUGAUUCUGGAAGCUCAUCCUCCUGCUGGCGGCAAAUCGACGGGAAAUACUGUUGCGAUGGUGCGGCUGUGUUCUACUCAUACAUUGUUUCCCUUCCUAUCGUCCUCGUCCUCGAGUUUGUCGAGCCGCAAGUCUAUGACUGGGACAUUCCGGCUCAGAUGUUGCCUCUCGAUGACGAGUUUGAAGCAGCAGGUAUCAAGUAUGAGCUUGUUGCUCAUGUCUAUGGCGGCAGCAAUCACUUCAUUACCCGGUAUGUACUCCCAGACGGCAGAGUCUUCGACUAUGAUGGUAUGGCAAAUGGUGGCAGGGCAAUACACAACACAACAGCAUCAUUCGAGAGGCUGAUGACCGGCCGUCUUUCGAAGUUGCCAAUUCCGCCACCCUACCAGAUGUCCACCGCCAUAUAUCGCCUUGUUGGUGGCGAGCCAGCGCAGCAGCGAUUCCAGGCAGAGCGUAUCAAGAACGCUCCGUUUGGCCUGCAAUUCCAUCGUCUCUCGGAUGGACGCACACUUAGCCAUGCGGAGCUCCAGCGGCCAGAGGCUACACGUCUGGAGAACCGACCAUGGACGCAAGGGAGGAGCGCAACACGAUAUACCGACCUGGAGCCUGAGUCUGAGGAUAUGACAUCGUCGAGCUUGAGUCCAGCUCCAGCUUCCCCAGCGCCAGAUGACAGAAUGGAGACUGCGGAUACCAAUGGGCCGCAACUUGCCGAUCUGUCAGCUAUUAUCGAGAAUGCAGUAAACUCGAAACCAGCAAAUGCCGAACCUUACGACCUGGGCCCGUAUCGGCCUGUGCGUCUGCUCCAGUGCGGUGAUUGCAGAAACUGGACGCACUGGCGCUGCCUACCUGCAGGUGUUGACUGGGAGCGAUCCGAAAAUAGGUUCCGCUGUCUUCCAUGUGUCACGAAAUCGGUCGAGCGUACAUCACUACGUCUCGGAGAUGUACAGCUGCAACCACUCAAAUUGACACAUCGGAACGUUGUUCUCUGGGCCCCCGCUGAGCUAAUCAACAUCAACCUACAUCGUCAUGACCGCGAAUAUCAAUGGCGUUGGCUGGAAGAUAUUGUCUGGUCAGACGGAGAGCGCCCGACAGACCCGCUUCACCACAGUGCGGAGUGGCCUGAUUCACUUGGGGUGUUAGAUAGUGCCGAAGGCCAAGAAAACAAGUUGUGUAUGAUGCGCGCGCCACUGGCUUUCAAUACCGAAGUCGAUGAAGGUGAUGGCAUCAAUUCAGCGCUGACGCUCGCGUGUGUGAUUUCGCUCUCUCAAAUCAUCCAAUUCCUUGCAGAGGGAACACACCCCAUCAUACGCGAAUUUGAUGCUGACAAUCAAGGUGUCAAACCGGGGGUUUUUAUUGACGACAAUUGGCUAACAAAGCGUUCCCUGCUUUCCUCCGAGUUCCCUGGUCUUGACCCAGGCCUUUGGGCUACUUUGGGAGAGCCACUUCGCUUGCUGACGUAUCACUUUCGUCAAGGUGAGAUUGACGGUGCCGAAGGACGAGCCGCAACAAUUGCAGCCGCCUUCUGGAUCACUUUGGCAAUACAGCAGAAUCUCAAUGAACCAUGGGAUCUCGGCGCAAGCACUUAUCUUGAUAUACAGGCUGGCCUGUUGGUCGAAACGCCCACAAUUUCGCUCACGCGGAAAGCCAUCAAAGCUAUGCAGAUGGCUGCAACCGGUACAACUCACCUAGUCAACUCAUACCUGCGUUGGACUUCACCCCACUCGGUCGUCUUCUAUGAGCGUGCUCAGGCUACUGUACCUGAGCAAACUCAAAUUCAAGCUCUUCGGUUAUUCAUUCCACUUCGCUAUCAAGGGCGUCCAAUUUCCUAUUCGGCGGACCUUCCCGAUGUCGAAGCUCGACCUAUCCCAAAGCAGAGAAAGCAAGUCCGCUUUGCAGUCGAUGACCCUGUGAUGCCAAAUAUCCCCCCCAAACGAGCAGCGGAGGAUGCUCUUGAUGGUUCUGCUUCACGAGCGAAGCGCAGUCGGCAUGCAGUCGGUGUACAGUCCACAGAUGUCCAAAUCCCUGGACGUCGGGUACAAAGUAGGCACUCGAGUUGGUUUGUGCCCAAGGGACACCAACUUCCAGAUGGUAUGAGCUGGGACGACGAUUAUCAGGUUGCAUAUGAACGGAGAUCUCUGUUGCUUGCAUAUGGUAUCAUUGAUGAUGAUGAGAUAUUUGAUGAUUGA